AUGAAUGAAAAUUUAAUUGAUGAUGAAGGCGCAUCAGGCUUAGGUUCUGCUUUAGUAAAGUGCAUUAAUCUCUCAAAUUUGACACUUAUUCUUAGUAAUAAUUAAAUUGGUGAUAAAGGUACAUAAGGUUUAGGUUCUGCUUUAGCAAAUUGCAUUAAUCUCUCAAAUUUGACACUUGAACUUAGUAUCAGUUUGAUUGGUGAUAAGGGUGCAUCAGGUUUAGGUUCUGCUUUAGCAAAGUGUAUUAAUCUCUCAAAUUUGACACUUGAUCUUAGUAUUAAUAAAAUUGGUGCAAUGGGCGCAUCAGGAUUAGGUUCUGCUUUAGCAAAUUGCAUUAAUCUCUCAAAUUUGACACUUAAUCUUGGAUUUACUUAAAUUGGUGAUCAAGGUACAUCAGACUUAGGUUCUGCUUUAGCAAAUUACAUUAAUCUUUCAAAUUUGACAUUUAAUUUUGCUUCUAGUUAAAUUGGUGCUAUAGGUGCAUUAGGCUUAGGUUCUGCUUUAGCAAAUUGCAUUAAUCUCUCAAAUUUGACACUUGAUCUUAGUUAUAAUUUAAUUGGUGAUGAAGGUGUUUCAAGAUUCGUUUCUGCUUUAGCAAAUUGCAUUAAUCUCUAAAAUUUGACACUUGAUCUUGUUAAAAAUUAAAUUGGUGCAAUGGGUGCAUCAGACUUAGGUUUUGCUUUAGCAAAGUGCAUUAAUCUCUCAAAUUUGAAACUUGAUCUUCAUGAAAAUUAAAUUGGUGAUGAAUGUACAUCAGGCUUAGGUUCUGCUUUAGCAAAGUGCAUUAAUCUCUAAAAUUUGACACUUAAUCUUGGUUCCAAUUAAAUUGGUAAUGAAGGUACAUCAAGCUUAGGUUCUGCUUUAGCAAAUUGCAUUAAUCUCUCAAAUUUGGAACUUAAUCUUGGUAAUAAUUAAAUUGGAGCAACAGGUGCAUCAGGCUUAGGUUUUGCUUUAACAAAGUGCAUUAAUCUCUCAAAUUUGACACUUUACUUAUAGUAAAAACAAUUUAUUUAUUUUGGAUUGUGA